UUGUCACAGCAAUUGUUGGAGUCGGUGUGCGGAAUGCACAAACUCAACGUCCUGCUCUGUGUGUCAAGCUGGAAAAUAUGGACCAACAUGCAAUAUUGAUUGUAACCCAGUCUGCAGCGAUGGAUCGUGCGACAUACAUACUGGUCUGUGUACGAAAUCAUGCCCUGUCAACUGUAAUGAUUGUGUGGAUGGAGACAAUUGCACGAGUUGUGUCAGCGGAUAUUAUGGGACAAAGUGUGAAAAGCCGUGUCCUUUACAUUGUCUAGAUAAUAUAUGUGGUAAAACAAAUGGUCAUUGCCACGACUGUAUUCAUGGAUACUCUGGAGUGAUGUGCCACGUUUCUCUAUGUCCUUAUAAUUGUUUGAGUUGUAUCGGCUUUCAGUGCAAUUCCACAGGUAGUAAAUGUACUAGUGAAGGUUUGUGCAUUAACGGAUGUGUAACAGACUUCAUAGGACCGUCAUGUGAAAGAACGUGCCCCACACACUGUGCACCUGUGCUGAAUGGUAGCAGGUGCUCUAGCGACGGAGUAUGUUACAAUGGAUGUGUGCUUCAUUAUUACGGCAGUUGGUGUGAGAACGCGUGUCCAGCACAGUGUCUAUCGGUUGGUACCGAAAACAGAUGCGUUGACAAUGGUACAUGUAGAGAAGGCUGUAUUGCAGGGUACUCGGGAGAAAGAUGCGAGCACCGGGCUGACGCAUUCCUCCGGGAAGACAGUAAAUCUGCCAGUACAGCAGGAAUGGUGGCUGGUUCGUUUUUUGGUGGGGUGGCCCUUACAAUUGCAUGUGGGGUGAUCGCGCUCGUAGUGUGGAUGAAAAGGAAGAAACCUACACCUGCCAAUGAAUAUUAUAAUACACAGACUUUUGGAGCCGGCAAUGAAGCUUCAAAGCCUGACCAACCAAAAUCAGAUGCCGAGUCCAAUUACACAUCUUUGGGUGGCAAUCAGGAAGAAAGACAUACGUAUUCCAGUCUGGACCAAUAAUAUUCGUGGAGAACGUUACUGUGUUAGUGUCAUCCUAAAAUCGACAUUGUUUUUUUUAACAAUACAGUUGCAUAUCGACAAAAUAACAAAACGGAUACAUGUAUGAGUUUCAUGUUCAAAGAAUUUUACAAUUACACAAUUUAUCGUUUCAAUUCAAAAUGUGACUCUGGUAAAGCUAUUGAUAAAUAUACAAAAACUAUAUUUUACUCAUCGUUUACGGCCGAUACUAUUGUGAAAAUGUUACACAAUUCAUGCCAUACUUAUGCCUUUAAGAUAAAGAAUGCAUGUAUGUUCUUCUUGACUAUGAAUGUUCCAAUUUUUGACUACAUAUCGCAAAGGCAUAAAUUGUUCCAAUGUUUGUUUAAGUUAAUGCUAUGAAUAUGAUAAUGAUAAUUUAUAUGUGUUUUAGUACGUAUGUUAGGGAAUAUUAUAACAUAUUUCUACUUGUUUAGAGUUAUAAUUUUUGUUUGGGGCUUAUCCAAGAGGCAAAUAAACUUAAUUUGCAUUGUCCAUGUAACAAAAACUUACUGAACAACACAGAACUGAACUAUCUACAAAAAUACAACUCCAAAGACAUCAUCAAGGAAUCAAAUUCACCAUACACAAGCCAUUUAUUUAAGACAAUGGACCGAUUGCUUACACCAGAGAGGACUAUACAGAUGAAAACACAAUAAUAUACAAACACAAUUAUAUUUAAUUGACUUGAUACAUAAACCGAAAUUGCAAUUUGCUGAAACAUUUAACAAUUUAAUUCCAAUUAAAUUAAAAGGUAGUUUCUUGCUACGUUGUACUUGGUAUAUUGUAAGCAAACAUUCUCGAACUGAGUAGGGCAAUGUUUUAUACACUCGUCGUUGUAGUGGUAAUGGCAAACAUCUAUCACUUCAUUUCACUAACAUUUCAU